UCCCCGUCAGUACGAGGUGCUCACCAUGGGAGUCACAGUGAAAUGCUUUGAUGAGUCCGUGCCUGCAGUAAAGCUUGACUGCUCUCCUUUGCUCCCCCAGGCUUGGCUGAGGAAGGGUGGUGCUGGGAGCUGUACCCUCAGGCUUACUCUUGGUGGUUGUUGGGUCCUUUACAUUGUGCAGUGGAGAGAUUGAAGCUUGGGAGUCUCCUGGGGGUCCCCAAGAGGAGGGCAGGCACCUUUGCCCAGCUGCUCAAGUCUGGGCCAUUCCCACUUUCCUCUCCUUGUGUCCACCCUGCCUGGACAGAUCAGAAAACCACCAUUGCUGUCUGUGCCAGCUGCUGCAUCCAGUGACAAGGGAAACUGGGUGACAAUUCCAACUGCAGAAACCACAAACUGGUGUGGGCACUAAGGGGAGAUAGCUUGUCAAGGGCAAACCUCCAUCAGAGAGCAGCAGGGAGCUGACACAGGACUGGGGAAGGGGUUUGAUCUUUUCCUCUCAUGCAGGGAACACGGGGUGCUAUUGGUUCUGCCUCUCCCCUUGUCUCCAAAGUAUCACUCCAGGAGUGACAGAGUUAACAAAUACAGUGGAGGAGACAGCUCUGUAAGCUGAGCUACGUGGUCACAUGCACAGGUUUUAUUUUUAACAUCCCAAAACUACUUGAUGUUUCUGCCUGGGCUUGCUCCGUGUCCUUCUGUUCUCUUCUCUUUCUUUGUGUGCAGUUCUCCCUCACCCACCUCACUUCAGCCCAGCUGAGCACAACCAGGAGAGAAGUGUUUGGUACGUGCACAGGGACUCUAUGAUCAAGCACCGGGCCCAGAAAGCUCCCCCUGGGCAACACAGGCACUGUGAGCGAUGUUUCAGCCGGCACUGCCGCGCACCCAUUGAGAUCUCCGUGUCCUGCAUGGUGAUCAGCUGCCACCUCCACUGCGGGGCCACCUUCCACAUGUGCAAGGAGGAGGAGCACAAAUUGCUCUGUCCCUUGGAGCAGGUGUCCUGCCUCAAUUCAGCCUAUGGCUGCCCUUUCUCCAUGGCCCGCUUCAAGCUGGGGAAGCACCUCCAGGUCUGCCCAGCCAGCGUUGUCUGCUGCUCGAUGGAGUGGAACCGCUGGCCAAACGUGGAUUCAGACACAACGCUGCACAAGAAUAUCAUGAAAGAGACCUUGACUGAAGAGUGUCUGGACACAGCUUUGGCACUCAGAGACCAAAAGAUACUUUUCAGGGCUUUGAAAGUAGCUGAAUUAUUUCCAGAGUGGAGGAAAAAGGAUGAACUGGAAGAAUUAAUGGAUCAGGCCAUGGGUGGGGAAGCAGGUGCUGUGGGAAGAGCUGCCUGUGGUUCCCAAGAGGGCAAUGACCAGUGUGAGCUUAGCCAACGUGAGCGGGAAGAUUUGGCAAAGGACAAAGAGGGAAUGGAUCUGGGGAGUUACAAAACAUGGGAGAACAUUUUCAGCAAAGAGCUUCUGGCUUGCCAGGUAACAGGCUCAGCAACCAGCACAGGACAAAAGACGGAGGAGGCUUCCAAAAAGACAGCAGCAGCUUCUCAUGCUGCCAGCUCCACAGAGAAGGCAAAGGAAGGACCUGAUGGUGCAGAAGCAGGAAAGGGCCAAAAGUCUGAACAAGUAACACCAAGUAGAGAACUGAAUGGACUGGCUCCCUGGCAAGAAGGGGUCCUGGAGAGGCUGAAGAAGGAAGUCGGUGUGGCGGAUUACAACAUGUAUCUGGUCCAUCACGGGGGAAUGCUCAUCCGCUUUGGCCAGAUGGCUGCUUGCACUCCCAGAGAAAAAGAUUUUGUCUAUGGGAACUUGGAAGCCCAGGAGGUGAAGACGGUCUACACCUUCAAAGUGCCAGUGAGUUACUGCGGCAAAAGAGCACGACUAGGAGAUGCACUGGGCCACAAGAUGCCAACUUCAGACAAGUCAGUGGAUACCUCAGAACUGGGAAUAACCAUAGAAGAUCUACCUAAGACAAAUAUAGUUGAAGCCACACUGCUGUGUGCUCUGGAGAAAGAGCUGAAAGGCCAUGAGAUCUCUGAAGCAAGAGGUAUCGAUGGACUCUUUGUGGAUUUUGCGACACAGACAUACAGCUUUCCUUUGGAGCCCUUCUCCUCCAGCGCAGUUCUAGCAGAUAUUCUGGAUGAAAACAGCCCACCAGAGCUGCACAUGGAGCUCUACACUGAAUGUGUAACCAGAAGACACAACAAAAGCAGUUCAGCUUUCACGUUCACUUGCAGUCAUUUCUUUAGGAGGGAUGAGUUCCCAUUCCACUUCAAGAAUGUGCAUGCUGAUAUCCAGUCAUGCCUGGACGGAUGGUUUCAGCACCGCUGCCCACUGGCCUACUUGGGAUGUCCUUUUGUCCAAAAUCACUUCCGCCCCGAGGGACUUAAGGCCAAGGUUAUUUACAGCAAGCCUCUCAAGACAUUUGCUAUUAAGCCAGAGGUGGACACCCUUCUUGCUGAACCGGGCAAGUGUAACUUCAUAGUGGAUAGUCGAGGGAGAAGCAAGGACUUGCUGAGCAGCCUCCCAGUGGAAGUGCUCAAGUACAUUGCAGGAUUCCUGGACAGCUUCAGUUUAUCUCAGCUAUCACAAGUGUCAGUGCUCAUGAGGGACAUCUGUGCCACUCUUCUUCAAGAGAGGGGAAUGGUCCUGCUGGUCUGGGAGAAAAAAAGAUAUUCCCACGGUGGUGCUUCUUGGAGAGCUCGCAAAAAGGUCUGGCAGUUCAGCAGCCUGUUCUCCAGAGUUCACAACUGGCAGCGUAGCGAUGUCCCGAGCAUGUCGGAGCACCUGAGGAAUUGUCCCUUCUACCAGGCGGAGCACAGGACAGACCCCGUGCUGCUGACGGGCAUGAGCGAGUCUCGGGAGCAGACUCGAAAGACUUUGGUCUCUACUUUCAAGCACAGAGUCUGAACAACUUGCUUCCCCUCUGCCAUGCUCCCUUCAGGGCUCUGAGAUGAAGAUUUGGGGAUUCAGGUGUAGAGACUGUUGCUUCCAGCUCUCCUUUGGACGUACAAAAUUGGUUUCUCCCUAGCUGCAUUUGAAACCUCUGCAUUUUUUUUCCCUACAUUAAUUUGUUAAAGCUUCAAACACUGCCUACUAACUUCACAUGCUUUCUGUUUUCUGUUCCUGGUUUAAUACAGCAUCCUGAAGAAAGCAAUGAGGAUCUUGUUUGAAAACAGCAUUUUUACAUCCUUGAAGGGUCUGAACUGGAAAAGGGGAUCCAAUUCCAGCAGAGCAUUGAGGUUGCUCUCAGUCCAGCCCCCACACUCUGGAUCUUCAUGACUUUGAUCUUGUUUGUGCUGUCCACAAGUCCUGUGAAGUGCAAGAGCAAUACUCCACACACUCCAUCCAGGCUGAUGUGUCUUGCAGUGUUUCCUCUCACUGGAAAAUUGGAAGUGAAAUGAAGGCAUCGUGGAAAUCAGAAAGGUCAGAGCAGGGCAAAAACCUCAUGACAAGAGAAGACAGGAACCAGAAAAGGUACUGGGUUUGGAUAGAGAGAGCUGCCUCUUUGUAGGUGGUGUGAGGAGAGGCAAGAGGAGACAGCUGAAAGGGCUCAGGAAUGAAAGGAGUUGGGGUGUGCUGCCAAAACCAGAGGUUUUCUGGACAGAAGCAUUUCCUUGAGAAAGACUCUGGAAGUUCCCAGCUGGUGCAAUACAGUGACAUGGGGCAGAAGAUCAUUUUUAAGGGGUGAAAGGGCAAGUGACCUGCUGACAUGUAUCCUAAGUCUGGGCUGAGGGAAGGAAUUUUCUGAUGGACCUCCAACUCCCAAAACUGAGAGAGUACAGAUAAGGUGAAGUUUAUCUGAACAGUGCCUGUUAUUUUGGGAAACUCUGUAACUCCUUGUUGCA